GAAGCCGCUUGGAAGGGUUGGAGCGGCCGGAACCUCCGAUGGCGGAUCGGGUCGGGCUGCGCGGCCGGACGGGUGAGAGAGACGGACCGGUGCGGCGCUGCUCGCUUUCCGCCGGGAUGGCGGCUCACUGCCGGUUCGUGGCGCGGACGGUGAUGGUUCGGGGCGGGGACGUGGAGGCGGCUUACCGGACCCUGACCCGGAUCCUUACCACAGACGGGAUCAUUGAGGAUGCAAAGCGCAGGCGCUACUAUGAGAAGCCAUGCCGGAAACGCAUCCGGGAGAACUACGAGAACUGUCGGCGGAUCUACAACUCGGAGAUGGCCCGGAAGUUGGCCUUCCUGAUGAGGGCAAAUCGGCAGGACCCCUGGCUGGGCUGCUAGGUGCACCCUACCCCGCCUGUCGGUGAAGCUGAUGGCUUGUGGUCUGGGGACAGCAGUGAGGUGGAGGAGCCGGUGGCUUGCUGCGAGUGGUUAAGUGGUCGGCACCAGACUCUCUGCUCUGCCGGAUGUCCGGACUGAACCAGGAUUGUGAUUUUCAAUAAACUGACGUGGAUUCAACAAACCAAA